AUGAAGAGGAGCAGCACUCCGCAGAAUGCACACGGGCCAGACAACAGCACAGCACCAGACGACACGUGGUACAAGAGAAAGCCGGUGUUCUAUAAGGGUGUGGCGGGCUCCCAGGUGACCCUGUCCAGCCUGGUGAACCAAAGCAGAGCCAUGCUGGAGGAACAGGCCCGCCACCUGCUGACGGAGACAGAGAGGCAGACCAUGGGCUACUACGUGGAGGAGUACCGAGACGGACACAUAGAGGUGGAGCAAACUGGUCAUGUGCCCUGUUUGAAUUGCUCAACAACACACGCCAAGUUCUCCCUGCUAUCAGAGGUGCGUGGCCUGGUGACACCCCAGGAUCUGGAGCGUUUCGAUGGGAUGGUGCUGCGCCGCGAGAUCCAGGCUUUGAAGGCCCGGCAGGGGGGUGCCAGUGCGGCCGCCCUCCACCCUGACUCCCUCUCCAUGGUUUCCUACCCAGAUACCCUGGCCUCCUCGUCAGCCAGCUACAUGACCUCCACCACCCUCAGCUCAGCACGGAAUGACAGUACGGUGGAGAGUAAUGGGGGGGAUACUCAGGAGAGUCUGGAUGCGCUGCCUGACAUAUCUCUGGAUGAGGUGCACUCCACGUCCGAAUCUCCCCCCACCUUCAAACCUCCACCCCCUCCAGGGGUGCAGAGACGCCCCAGCAGACGGGACCAGGUCAAAAAGCUUCCCUCCUCCGAAUCCUCCAAUUCUGGGCUCUACUUCACCGCCCCCUCCCGUAACCCCCACAUUGACCAGAGGGGGGAGCAAGGACCCCCCUCCUCACCCAAGGUCCCCCCCAAAAAGGAUCCCUCAGUCCCCCCGAAGAAGGACCCCUCUGCCCCCCCUAAGAAGGAGAUGGCAACUGCCCAGCUCUCCAUGGUCAACAAGCACCCUAUAGGCCCCUUCCCCCGAGUCCAGUCCCCUACUAGGACCACCAAGCCUGCCGCCCCCUCUCCAUCUCCACCCCCUCCGCCGCCGCUCACUGCCCCAUCCGCACCGCCUCCACUUACCCACAGCCAGGACAAGUCCUCCCCUGGCUCCAACAAACAGCACUUUGUCAUGGUGGAGGUCCAUAGGCCCAAUGCAGAGUCUGAUGUCAACGAGGUGCGGUCACUGCCCCAGGCACGAGGUGCCAACCUGUCCCAGCUGUCAGACAGUGGACAGACGCUGAGCGAGGACAGCGGCGUGGACAUUGGCGAGUCAGGGCGUUUCAGCAAGGAAAGCAGUCCCCGUCCCGCCCGCAUACGCCCCCCACGACAUCCCCAGGGGGCAGGAGGGGACACCCCCACCAAACCGCCGGGUCUCUUGGAGCCCACCUCCACACUAGUGAGGGUGGCAAAGAGUGCCAGCACCCUCGGCAUCGCCAUCGAAGGGGGUGCCAACACUCGCCAGCCCCUGCCACGCAUCGUCACCAUACAGAGGGGCGGUUCGGCGCAUAACUGCGGGCAGCUGCGGGUGGGUCAGGUGAUCCUGGAGGUGAACGGGAUUUCCCUGAGGGGCCGGGAGCACAGGGACGCCGCACGCCUCAUCGCAGAGGCCUUCAAGACCAACGAGAGGGACCACGUGGACUUCCUGGUCACUGAGUUCAACGUGGCGCUAUAGGAGGAAGUAGAGGAGGUAGAGAGAGACUUGUCAUGGAGAAAGAAGGGAUGAGGUAUAGGCACGGCAGAGGUAGAGAGGAGAGGGGGGCUGUUGGGGAAAAGUGGUAUAGGCCUACAUACUGUAUUUUACAUGGGUUCAUCUACCAACUACCCUUGGUCCCUCCACCUUAGUAUCCUCCAGUUUAAUUCAAGCUUUAGCCCACACAACUAGACAUGGAUACAGUUGCACUCUAAGUUGAGUUGCACCCAUGAGAUUUCGGUAACACUUUACUUGACAGCCAGU